UUUUUGGUUUCAUAUAUUACUCUCCGUUGCUACUUUCAGAAAUCAAGGACAGGACUACGGAAACAAAAUCAAAAGAUGUUGGUGGUACAAACGGAAUACUUAAAAAUCGACGAUGCCCUUAAUAUCUGCUCCGAGAUGGAGAACGAUCUUUACGAGUGCCUGGACAUGGUGAUGGCCAUGGACGAGAAGUACAAUGAACCCGGGCGCUACGUAAUAUUCAUGAAGCCCUUUACCAAGGACUACCCAUUGGUCGGUCGCAAGACCACGAACACGGAUACGACCUCCCAGCACAGUUGCGACUCGGAACUGGAUAUGUUGGGCCAGCUCUACGGAGCCAGAAGUGCCCAUGAGCUGGACGAGUCCUAUGUGGAUGUUCGCUACAAGUUCAUCAAGCUGAAGCGUGAUUUCGAGGCCGUCCUGACCCACUGCCAGAUGAUCAUCGACUGCGGGGAACGCCAGGAGAGGGUCUGCCACGAAAUGCUGAAGAAUUCGCGCAGCCGCCAGAAGAGGUUGUGCAGACACUAGGAAUGCAAGUGCCUGCCAACUAUUCCAUCAAACUUUGGGGAGCGUGUGCAAAUUGCAAAUUGUGUCGACACUUGGCAGCUUUUAUUAAAAAUUACUGUCACCAUUA